AUGGAUGUGCUCUCUCCUGCUGCAGAACACUUUCAGCCAAAGCAGAUUGUCAAGUCUCUUAUCCCUUCAUGGAACAAACUGGUUUUCUUUGAAGUGUCUCCAGUAUCCUUUCACCAGGUGUCUGAAGUCCUGUCUGAAGAAAAGUCACGUUUGUCUAUAAGUGGCUGGUUUCAUGGUCCUUCAUUGACCAGACCUCCCAACUACUUUGAACCUCUCAUACCUCGGAGUCCUCACAUCCCACACAAUCAUGAAAUUUUGUAUGAUUGGAUCAACCCUACUUAUCUGGACAUGGAUUACCAAGUUCAAAUUCAGGAAGAGUUUGAAGAAAGUUCUGAAAUUCUCCUGAAGGAAUUUCUUAAG